GGGCCACCCAAGAGUAUACGAACUGUGGGUCCUCCAACACAGGAUCACAGCUCGAAGAACAUCCAAGGAAAUUCCCAAUAGAGGCUCCUCUCCGCGUCCUUUUGGAUUUAUUAAUCCAAUCGAGAUUCGAACGGAAUAACAUUAGGAUUUCACACAAAAGACACAUAGGAUUUCACACGAAAGACACAAGAACUCCUACAAAUUACAGCAAUAGAAAAGCCUCGUAGCUUUGAUUAUACGGCAGCUUUCCGAGGGAGUAAUUUUUUCUCCUCGUAGAAUUUUCCUGGUCAACUCGUUUGGCUCCUCGUACCCGUUCUCUUCAGCUAUCGCUUUUUCGGCUUCUUUUUGUUGGAUCUGCUGAUAAACAAAAAGACCCAAGUGAAGGAAUUGCUUUGUAAUUCCCUUUUUGGGUCAGAUUUCAGAUGAAAAGACACGUUCAUGCAUUCUUUCGAAUGAUUGAGUUGAUUGGAGCUCCAAUUGGUUGAUUUUUCGGGGUGGGUAUCUCAAAGAUUCUAUCUUUUGGUAGAAAAUUUUCUGGGUUUUGGUUGGAUUGACAGAUUUCGAUCAGACGUUCUGUGUAUUAUCUUUUGUGUAAUUCUUGCGGUGGGCCAGCAAGAAUAUUGGUGGAAUUGUGAUUGGGACGUUUCAAGGGUUUUCUUUUGAAAAAUUGGAUUGCUUGGGUGAUUAAUGCUGGAAAUAUUGCACAUUUCAAGGUGUCUAUUUAUGGCUAAUGCUUUUUUGGGUUUAUUGGAGGUAGAUUUGAGGAAUUACAGUGUGGAUAAGGUUUUGGGUUUCUUUUUUGAAUUAGAUAGGAUGCUUUUAGACUAUUGAUUGAGGUUCAAAUGGAUGUCAGAGGAGUGCUUCGUUUCUUUGCAAUUGCUCUUUUGUGUUCCAAUUUGGCAGCAGCUGGUUCAGAAGGCAAUAGGAAGGCUGAUGAGCUAGUUUUGGAAUAUCGAUUCUACUCAGCUUUGGGGCAGAUAAAUGAGGACCUGGCAGAGCUGUUAUGGGUCCAUUGUGGGGUUGACUUGAUCAAUGCAAAGGAGGCUGUUGAAGAUCUUCAAUUAUAUGCAGCAGAGUUAAAGUUCGGUUUUGAUACCACAAUUGGUUCAAGGACACUGUUAGCAGAAGAAGACACUCAGAAACCUGUCCAUGUCCUGAAUCCGGAGGUAAAUCAGAUUUUGGAUUGUCUAAGACAGAAAAAUCUCCAGACCCUUAUUUAUGGAGAAGAGGGUGGGUCUAAGAAUUGGUACACCAAAUAUCUGGAGUUCUUUUCUGCCAGAACUGAUGCUCCUGGACGGCGUCAUUUGCUUCAGAGUCCUGCACCAGUACCUGCCCCAUCCCCGGCAUCUAGCCCGUCACCAUCUUCUGCUCCAUCACCUUCAGAUUCUCAGCUCUCUGCUCAAUCUCCAUCUCCAUCUCCAAUGGUCCCUUUUUCCCAACCCAAUUUCAGUGGUUCGACCUUAGAACCUACAGCUGAUGGACACUCUUCUGCUACUUCUAAUUCUUCCACAAGUGGACAAACAAAUAAAAAAAAUAGCAACCGCAAACCAGUUGUUGUCGCUGUUGUUGUAACUGCAACAUUGUCGUUCGUUUUUGCUGCAUUGCUUUUUAUCUGCUACCGUUGUAGGAAGGGUUCUGGAGGUGGAAGGAAUGAUGAGAGGCCUCUUCUGAGCUUAAGCUUAAGCGACUAUUCCAUUGGUUCUGCAUAUAGAAUGUUUUCUCCGCGGAACUCUAUCAACAAAGAGAAGCAUGAUAUUCAGUCAUUCAAUACCAACUUAAACAAUAGUAAUGCGGCUUCACCUCUGGAUGCCAAUUAUUACGGUGAAUCAGAUAUUUUCGGUGCUCCAAAAGCUGAUACUCAGUCAGUAGGUGCUGCCAAAACCUCAACAUGGGAUUCUGUACCAAUUUCUCAUUCUUCUCUGAAGCCGCCACCUGGAAGGUUGAGCAAUCCUGCUGGAUUCCCUCCCUUAAAGCCUCCUCCUGGCAGGGAAGAUAGCUUGCCUUCAAAACAACCUCCUCCUGUCAAGGAAAGUCCUCCGCCGCCGCCGCCUGUACCAGCAUCUUCUCUGAAAGCUUCUUCUGGCACCCCACGGCCUCCCCCUUCAGGCCCACCACCUCCACCUAUACCUUCUGGCAUAAAAACAGGUCCCCGCCCUCCGCCACCUCCAAGAAGUGGUGCUCCUCCUCCUCGGCCCCCACCAGUGGGCUCAAAGCCACUUCGACCUUCACCCGUUGGACCAAAUCAUCCGCCAAAUCCUGCUGGUGAAGGAAGUGAAGCUGAUGGUACCAAAGCUAAGCUAAAGCCAUUCUUCUGGGAUAAGGUGCUAGCGAACCCCGAUCAGUCAAUGGUUUGGAAUGAAAUUAGAUCAGGUUCUUUCCAGUUCAAUGAAGAGAUGAUAGAAACUCUAUUUGGUUAUGCCACUCCUGAGAGAAACAAAAAUGAGGCCAAGAAAGAGUCAUCAUCCCAAGACCCUUCAACCCAGUAUAUUCAAAUUAUUGAUUCAAAAAAAGCUCAAAAUUUGUCGAUUCUUUUGCGUGCGUUGAACGUGACGACAGAAGAAGUUUGUGAUGCACUUCAAGAAGGAAAUGAGCUUCCCUCAGAGCUCCUUCAGACUUUGUUCAAGAUGGCACCAACAUCAGAAGAAGAACUCAAACUCAGGCUUUUCAGUGGUGAUCUUUCUCGACUUGGGCCUGCCGACCGGUUUCUAAAAGUUUUGGGUGACAUUCCAUUUGCCUUUAAAAGGAUGGAGUCGUUGCUUUUCAUGGGCACUUUUAAAGAGGAGGUUUCGAUGAUUCAGGAUUCCUUCACAACCUUAGAGGCUGCUUGCACUGAACUUAGGAAGAGUAGGCUGUUCCUCAAGCUCCUAGAAGCUGUUCUUAAAACUGGUAAUCGCAUGAAUGUUGGAACAUUCCGUGGUGGUGCACAAGCCUUCAAACUCGACACACUUUUGAAAUUAUCAGAUGUAAAAGGAAUAGACGGAAAAACUACUCUCCUCCACUUUGUUGUGCUGGAGAUAAUACGCUCAGAAGGUGUAAGGGCUGCCCGCACAGCCAGAGAGAGCCAGAGUGUGUCCACCAUCGGAUCUGAUGAUCUCCUUGACGAUCCGUCCAGUGAUUCAGAAGAGCACUAUCGUAGCCUUGGUCUUCAGGCAGUUUCAGGUUUGAGCACAGAGCUUGAGAAUGUGAAGCGAGCUGCAGUUUUGGAUGCUGACAGCUUAACAGGAGUUGUUGCCAAACUUGGUCGUCAAAUUGUAAAAGCCAGGGACUUCCUCAACGCAGAUAUGAAGAAUGUUGACGAAGGAAAUGGGUUCCACCGAGCUUUAAAGAGUUUUGUGCAGAAUGCUGAGGGUGAUAUCAUGUCAUUGAUAGAGGAAGAAAAGAGAAUAGUGGCUCUGGUUAACAGUACAGCUGAUUAUUUCCAUGGGAAAGCCGGAAAAGAUGAGGGGCUGCGACUAUUUGUUACUGUAAGGGAUUUCUUGAUAAUGUUAGAUAAGGCAUGCAAAGAGGUUAAAGACGCACCAAAGAAGCCAAAUAGGAAACCCAAUGGAGAGGGGUCCACUGUUAAACCUUCUCCUGACCCUCGCUUGCCUUCUGAUCCUCGUCAGCGGCUUUUUCCAGCUAUCACAGACCGGCGGAUGGAUAGUUCUAGUUCAGAUGACGACACACCUUAAGCCUUUGCUAAGAAUAGGUGGCUCAGAGUCCGCGGAAGUUAAAAGAAAAUUGAUAGAAUGAUGAUAAACCACCUUGUGGAACUCACAAAAACUAAAUUUUGGUGAAUAUACAUCUUGACUGAAGAAGCUAACACCAGCACGUUGUUGUAUGUUGGACCGGAGGGCUUUGUUCUGUACUUUCAACAUUGGUUAGUCCUUCGCGCAGCAAAAACAGUGCCUGAAAAAUCUAUUUAUUUAUUGUUCUAUUCACAGUUGUAGCCACAAUUUUGUCGAUAAUUUUUUCAGCAGUUGGGAAUCGCAAGUGUAGUGGGUAAAUUGUAUCAAAAUGUAGGGAUUACUCCGAUGUAGUGAAUGAUUUGGUUAAAGGAAAGAUGUAUGAAAUUCUGCUGUUGAACUUUUGAUUCAUCAAGUUCUUAAAAGAAAUUCCCAUUGGAUGUCAUUCUUAUCAA